GUGAAGUUAGCUGCGUCGGUACGGGUUGACGUUGAUUGUUAUGGAAGAUGUCAUUAAUUCGAGGAGCUAUGUUCAAUUUAGCAAGGACUUCAUGUUGUAUAGGAAGGGUGUAUUCUCGGAUGAUUAGUCCAAGCCAGUCUGUGCUGGCUCGAGGUACGCAACAUCCGCAAAAUCUUAUAUCUUCAAAACUGCGCUGGAGCAGCUCCUCGGUUCAGGAGAAGCAAGUGGAAAGCAGCACAUCCCAAGAUAAAGUAUUGCUCAGUGAAUCAUGUGUGAAGAGGCUGAAAGAAGUCAUGGAGAAAGGGGAGUACCUGAGAAUACAGGUGGAAGGUGGCGGCUGCUCUGGGUUCCAGUACAAGUUCUUCGUUGAGAAAGAGAUAAGUGAGGAUGAUAGGGUGUUUGAGCAGGAUGGUGUUGGAGUCGUUGUGGAUCAGGAUAGUUUGGAGUUUGUGAAGGGGUCCACACUGGACUACACCGCAGAGCUAAUCCGCUCCGCCUUUCACAUCGCCCGCAACCCCCAGGCUGACCACGGUUGCUCCUGCGGCACCUCCUUCUCCAUCAAAGUGUGAGGGCUUUGGGCUUCCCUGCCCCCUCUGUCAAUGCCCUGUCCGCAGUUUUUCCAACAUGUGCACAAAUGCAGGGGUCCAGGACAUAGGUCAUUCUCACUUGCCUUGUGUGAAACUUGAAUAUUCUCUAUUGUAACAUUUCCACCCAAAGGUGUGGUGAUUAAGCAGACCAGACAUGGGUUCAACCAAUGGUCAUUGGUUGUUUUCCAUGUGAAGUGGCUGCAUGUUUUUGAGGAAUUUGCCAAUUUCAAGUGAUAAGGGCCUGAAGAGCAUAUCAUUUAAUCUUCUGUCCAAACAAUGACUUCAGAAUUACGACCUAAAAAUUUGAUUCUAGGAUGGUAGGUUGAAGUCAACCUUACUCCAAAUACUGACAUUGUGCCAGUAUCUAUUUCAGGUAAUAUAAACAUUGUAUAUAUACAUUGUACACAAUUUCUGUAAUAACAAUUUCAGUGGACAGUUAUCAUAUAAAAUUACAGAUGAUACGUUUGACCUGAUGGUGUUGUUGUGUAAUAUGUGAUUCAAGAAUGUAAAUAGGCUAUAUUGCUUUUCAAAGUUUUCUCAAAGUAAAUUAAAAUAUUUAAAGGAGUGGUAAACUGAAGGAUGUCUGCUUACUAACCUGAAUUCUAACACUUGUUUGGGCUGUACAUUUUAAAGGACAAUGAAGCUAGUCAAUGAUAGGCCAUAGCAGCAGAAGUCUAAUAAAUACGUAAUACAGUGUUCACUGACUGGAUCAUUGAAACAAAAAAUAAAAUAGUGCUUUUCACCUAAAUAUUGCGGAAGUAUUGUCUACAACUCCUUUCACUAUGUGCAAUCAGACACUAUGUUUUGAUAUUUCCCAGAUUUACUAUUCACUCCCACAUUUUUGUAACCUUAUUUUCAUACAUUUUGUGUGGUAAUUUUGACCAAAAAAAAUCCUGCAUUUCUUGCUAUGAUAUGUAAUUAAAUGUAAAUUGAUGCUAGUUGUGAUGAUGUCUUGUCUUUCACUCUUUUCCCCACCUCUGGGUGAGUUUAUAUGUGGAAAAGGCCAACGAAAGCCUUCAACCCAGAAUGUCUAUUUCCAACUGUUAAACAUGGUGGAUCUGUAAUGGUAUGGGGAGUCAUUGGGACAGGUGAUCACUCAGAAUAUGUGGGGGGGUCCUUGUGGAAAUUACAUCCGUUUCUAUACAUAGUCGCCCCCCCCAUUUUAGGUGACCAAAUGUAAUUGGACAGUUGGCUUCUCAGCUGUUUCUGAUUAGUCUGGUGUAUUCAUUCACUUCCUUAGUACACAUAAGCUUUCAGUAUAUUCUAUUGAUUCUAGGCUUUUGAUUGCCUUUGUAGUCUGUUAUUGGUGCGUGUCAACAUGAGGAUGAGAGUUUUGCCAAUGACAGUGAAGGAAGCCUUUAUGAGGCCCAGAAAUGAAAACAAACAACAAAGUUGUUGAAAAAAGUAUUUCUAAGACUGUAGGAAAAAUUCACAGAACAAGACGCUCUUCCUCCUUUUCAUGAUAAUCAGUCACAAGUCAAAAUCAGACGAAACCGUCAAACUGUUAGAGUUGAGCAAGCUGGUUCCUCCAAACUCUUAAUGCUUAAUGCCAAAAGUAUACCAAUAUAUAUGUGGCCUAUAAUCAAUAUAUCAUAUAUGUCAAGGACAAUUGGAAAGUACAGAAUAACACCAUGGCUUGCAUUCCUCUUUGUUAAAAAACAGCUUACAAAGCAAAAGUCUUUGAGCGAUUGCCACAAUGAUGUUAGCACCUAAGAGUGCUAAAUCAUUGUGGCGCAACGGAGACCGGCUGGUGUUUUUAAGAAUGUUUUAGGAGGAGUGAUGUUGAACAUAGUGUAUAAAAUGGGUGCAAAACUGACAAUCGAGGUUCAAUUCUGCAGAGUUGAUCCGGCUUUGUGCACUUGUGCGAAUAAAGUCUGACUUUUCUGAA